CCCAAAAUUCCCCAAAUCUGAAAUUCCCAAUUCCGUAAUCCCAGGGCCUGCUUGUUGGUCUCUGUCUCGUCUCCGCGACUGCGGUCACUCCGCCAGUCAGCCGCCGGUCGCUCCAUACGCCGGUUCGUCACUGUUGUUAGGAUUGGACAAACGAGGAAACUUCAAUCAUUGAGGAAGAACACACCAUCAUUUACAUGAAGAAUUAGGAAUCUGGAAACAGAUGGUCUGUACUCUACUACUCUGUAAUUGCAGCAAGAUUCCCAGGAUGAAGACAAAGAAAACAGGAAGCUUGUGAAUUGUGAAUGUCAGAUUUAUCAUCUUCAACAUGGCAGCCGCUUCAAUCUCCAGAACAAUAGAAAGAAAUCUCCGACCCAUCAAUUUAUCCAAGUCGGUUCCUCCUCCUUCCUCUCUAUUUUCUACUACAGCCCCCGGUAUCUCCACUGACCCUCAACAACCUCAAGGUUCAAACAAAGAAAGAUCAACAUGGUCAAAGGUGUUGCUUUUUGUACCAGGAGCCAUCACUUUUGGGCUUGGCACUUGGCAAAUAUUCAGAAGACAAGACAAGAUAAAAAUGCUGGAGUAUAGGCAGAAUAGACUAGGACUUGAACCACUCAAGAGUAAUAAGAUUGCAACUUCUAGUGAAAACUUUGACUCUCUGGAGUUCAGGAGAGUACAAUGUAGAGGAUUUUUUGAUGAGAAGAAAUCGAUUUAUGUUGGCCCGCGUUCAAGAAGUAUCUCUGGAGUGACUGAAAAUGGAUACUACCUUAUUACUCCCCUUCUGCCCAGCCCUGAUGAUCCUAACAGUUCUUUCAGUUUGCAGACACCAAUAUUGGUAAAUAGAGGAUGGGUCCCACGGAGUUGGAGAGACAAGGCAUUAAAAGUUUCAAAAGAUGAUGAACUGUCAAGUGUAGCAUCCACCCCUGCUCAAGAGAGUGCAAAAAGCUCUUGGUGGCGCUUUUGGUCCAAGAAACCGAUCAUUGUUGAGGAGCACUCUCCAGCUAUUAACUCUGUGGAAGUUCUUGGAGUUGUACGUGGCAGUGAGAAGCCAAGCAUAUUUGUUCCAGCAAAUGAUCCCGGUACCUCUCAGUGGUUUUACAUUGACGUGCCUGCUAUUGCUCGUACUUGUGGACUUCCGGAGAACACACUCUACAUUGAAGAUAUCAAUGAUAAUGUCAACCUCAGCAAUCCUUACCCUGUUCCAAAGGAUGCUAAUACACUUAUUCGUAGUUCAGUAAUGCCACAGGACCAUCUAAAUUAUACAUUGACAUGGUAUUCUCUGUCAGCUGCAGUGACAUUUAUGGCUAUCAAGAGACUAAAACCAAAAAAGAGUUGGAGAUAGAAUGACUUUCCCAUAGUGCAAUACUUUCUCUGCACCGUCUGGAUUACAGCAAGAAGUAGAUUUAUGAGCUGAGGAUCGAUAGAUUUUACAUUUUAAUCUGUGCCUUUAGCAUUGGCCCUGUUUUGACACUUAUUGUUUCGUCCGAUCAGCCGAGUUUGGUGACAAGGACAGGUAGGUAGUAUGAUAAAGCCUAGAGUUUCUACGGGAUAAUCUAGUGCAAUAUUUGUUCCAUUUUCAAGUGAAGCAUAAAAUAUUUCAUCAAUUGUAAACAUUGUUUUGGAGUUAUAAUUUACAUUUCAACAUUUUUCAGUC